AUGUCUCGUCGCCCAAUCUCAACAUCACCAACCCCUGGGCCUCAGGGCGAAUCGGAACGACCACCCAAACGUCCGCGAAUCGACCAUCUUACGCCAGAUUCCUUCAGAAAUGGGAUGUUUCUCGCACCAAUGGUUAGAUCUGGUGCUCUACCAACGCGAUUAAUGGCUCUCAAGUAUGGCGCGACGCUUGUUUGGGGCCCUGAAAUAGUAGACAAGGCUAUAUUACAUGCAGAACGCGAGGUUGACCCUGUUACCGGUGUCAUCUCAUACAACGGCAAGACUCGCGCAAUGUUCACGACUCAUCCUCUCGAAAAACCAUACCUAAUAUACCAAAUCGGUUCCGCUGACCCCGAGCUUGCGGUGCAGGCAGCAAAAACCGUCAUGCAGGAUGUUUCAGGCGUUGACCUCAACUGUGGGUGUCCGAAACCCUUCAGCACACACUCUGGGAUGGGCGCGGCUCUCUUGACGAAUCCUGACCUUCUUUGUGGAAUACUGGAGGCUCUGAGGAGGGAAUUGCCAAGGGAAAUCAGUGUAUCGGCGAAGAUCAGAUUACUAUCAACUCAGGAAGAGACGAAGAAGCUGGUAGAAAGGAUUGCGAGGACAGGUGUGAAUGCGAUCACAAUACACUGUCGGACGAGGAACAUGAGGCCGAGAGAGCGAGCAUUGGUUGAGAGGCUGAAAGAGAUCGUUGAAUUUGUGCAGGGGCUGGGUUUGGACGUGGCGGUAAUUCAAAAUGGAGAUUGUACAGGAGUGGAAGAUGCAAAGCGCAUUAGGGACAUUACCGGCGCAGACUCGGUCAUGAUUGCAACUGCGGCCGAGUCAAAUCCAUCGUGUUUCUCCGCAACACCACUUCGAGAUGUUGAAUCGACACUUUCACCUUCAUAUUUGCGCCUCUGCAAAUACUUGGAUAAUUACUGGGCCUCUACGAAAUUUUGUGUCACCCAAUUCAAGGGUACACGCUCAGAGGUGUCAAAGACGGAUGCACACCAGCUGAAGUCGAGGACAGCUAAAGCCAAGGGGUAUGAAGACCUCGAGGACAUUGUUGGGAGCUGGACGGGCGAGGAAGAAUUUAAGGAGAUUUCGAGGAUCGUGGAAGCACGUCCACCGCGGAUAUCCGUAGAGGCAGAGCAGGAAGAUGUAGCAGAGGAAGAUGAUAUACCUCCACCGUGUGUAACACCCCCCGACCGCCCCAACCCCGAACCGCCAACAUCUGGCGCACCAAAAAUGGGGCAGAGAAUGCCUAUGCCUGCAAUCUUAACAUGCAGCGAUAUGGUCUCACCUACACCCACUCCUGGUGGCAUGCGUUGA